ACGAUGCACCUAUUUCAGUUGUGAGGUUAGUUUUUGUUCAACGUAAAUUUCUCUCCAUCUUCACCCAAUCUUAUGGCCUUUGCGGUAAGCAUGCAUCUGCUUCUUGUCCACUGCAUCAUCAUCUUGCUGCUGAUUUCCUGGCCCUUCAGGUCUGUGCUUCUCUGCACACCUGUCAGUGUUCUUGCCCCUGGGAUGAGACUCACUCCUGGCAAAACUCUCACAUCUGACCAAGGUUCGUUCGCCUUAGGCUUCUUUUCCCCCUCAAAUUCAACUCAAAAUACGUAUGUUGGCAUAUGGUUCAACGACAUCCCUGUGCACACCGUCGUCUGGGUUGCCAACCGUGAUAACCCGAUCACCGAUGCUUCAUCUGCGAUGCUUGGUAUGUCCGACAACUCCACCCUUGUGUUAUCUGAAAGCAGUGGUCAGCACGUACUCUGGAUCACAAACACUGUCACUGGUAGCAACUCAUCGGUCAAACUUCUCAACAAUGGCAACCUUGUAGUCCUAUCUUCAGAUGGUGCCAUCUUAUGGCAGAGCUUUGAAAACCCAAGUGACACCGUGCUUGCUGGCAUGCCUAUGCGGACGACCCACAAGACGCGUCCACCAUGGCGGAUGGUCUCCUGGAAAGGCCCUGAAGACCCAUCAAAAGGCAGGUUCUCUGGUGGGAAUGACCUUAACAGCCCCCUACAGUAUUUUGUCUGGGAUGGGUCAGUGCCAUACUGGCGUGCUGCAGUAUGGACAGGCUAUAUAUACUCCAACAUGGGCCUCCAGACCGUUAGUUCACUUUUGUAUAUGACGAUUUACAAGGGUACUGACGGUGAGUCCUAUGCAACAUUUGGGCUAUCAGAUGGCUCCUCCAGGAUAUUGUACAAGAUUGACUACUCCGGAAAGACGGUGCUGUUGAGAUGGAAUACCAGUUUGACAGAUUGGACCCCCAUAACACCCUGGCCAGCUUACCGGUGCAAUUUCUAUGGGUACUGUGGUGCAUAUGGCUACUGCGACAACACAGAUGCAAUUCCCGCAUGCAAGUGCCUUGAUGGAUUUGACCCUAUUAACAAAACAGAGUGGGUCACAGGCAAUUUUUCUCAAGGUUGCCGGCGGAAGGAGGCACUAGAGUGUGGUGGAGGAGACGGUUUCUUGACCUUGCCGGCAAUGAAGGUGCCAGACAAAUUCCUACGCCUGUGGAACAAAAGCUUUGAUGAAUGCACAACAGAGUGCAGCAGAAAUUGCUCAUGUCUAGCGUAUGCUUAUGCUAAUCUAAGCACUAGUAACAUUGAUGGGGAUACAACAAGGUGCCUGAUGUGGACUGGGGAGCUGAUUGAUGUGGCGAAGGGUGGCGACAUCGGCAACGAAGAACUGUAUCUCCGUCUUGCAGGCUUGUCAAGCAAAGGGCAAAUGAGCAUCAUAGUAAAAGUUGUACCAGCAAUUUCAGCAAGUCUGUUGCUGCUACUUCUAUUGGCAUGCGUUGUAUGGUUCCACAGGUUUAAAGGCAAACAUGACGAGAAAGGACGUCUGAAAGUGUGCGAUUUGAGUAUUACUGACGGGCUCGGAGAGGAAACUUGUGAAGUUCCAUUUAUUAGCUUUGAGGAAAUAGUCGCUGCAACAGACAACUUCUCUCUGUCCAAGUUACUUGGACAAGGUGGCUUUGGCAAAGUUUACAAGGGGCUCUUACAUGGAGACAAGGAAGUUGCUGUUAAAAGGCUGAGUAGAGGUUCUGGGCAGGGGGCGAUAGAGUUCAGGAAUGAAGUAGUCGUAAUUGCUAAACUGCAGCAUAGAAACCUUGUCAGGCUUGUUUGUUAUUGUGUGCAGGGCGAUGAAAAGUUACUUAUUUAUGAGUAUCUGCCAAACAAAAGCUUGGACACCUUUAUUUUUAAUUCUGAAAAUAAGCUAAUGCUUGAUUGGACGACACGGUUUAAUAUAAUAAAAGGAGUUGCUAGAGGAUUACUCUACCUCCAUCAAGAUUCAAGACUGAUGAUAAUUCAUAGGGAUCUCAAAACAAGCAACAUUUUGCUAGAUGGAGAUAUGAAUCCCAAGAUAUCUGAUUUUGGCAUGGCAAGAAUCUUUGGUGGAGAUGAACAACAAGCAAAUACUAACCGAGUUGUCGGAACAUACGGUUAUAUGUCUCCGGAAUAUGCGAUGGAAGGCCUCUUUUCUGUUAAGUCUGAUGUCUACAGUUUUGGGGUAUUGGUCUUGGAAACUGUUACUGGUCUAAGGAUUAGCUCAACCGAGAACACCAAGGAGUUCCCUAACCUUAUAAUAUAUUCAUGGAGUCAAUGGAGAGAAGGUUUGUCAAAAGAUCUGGUGGAUCCAUCUAUUCUCGAGAGCUGCUCGACUAAAGAGGUUUUGUGUUGCAUCCAUGUUGGGCUCUUGUGUGUUCAGGAUGACCCGGAUGCUAGGCCAGCCAUGUCAACGGUUGUGUCAGUCUUGGAGAGUAGAAGCACACCAACUGCAACGCCUGAUAAGCCGCUGUAUUUUUCUCACAGAAAUAAGAUGGCAAAGAAACGAGGCUACGUUCAUGAUUCUGUGGAUAGGAGGACUCUUACAACAGUUGAGGGGCGAUAAUAAUUUAAAGCUUUUCACAGAGCAAUAGCAGGAAUUGCACCGAUAAGACUUAUCUUCGUUGCAAUUUUCUUUUCCUGGGGUCCUGUUUGUUGUACUACCUGAAUUUGAUGCUUAGCCGACACGUGAAAUUGUCUGAAGAAAAUAUUGCUCUUCAUUUUGAGAGCAUUUACUUUCUUAGUAAUUUUAUUUUUAGAGAA